AUUCACCUCAAUAUUAUCAGUAAAUGUACUAAACUACUAUUGUAAUGUAAUUAUUAUAAUGUAUGCGUAAUAUUUUUUGGGGGUUCAUGCCUAUGUUGCCGUAUGAGUGGGAAUAGAGGCAGGGGGAGAAAAUGAUGACUUGUCCCCUUAACAACCUUACUCUGGGUAACUGCCAUUUCCCUCUAUCCCUCUUUUUUACGGCACAAAUGUAAACCGUUCUUUACCUCUAUCCCCUCUUUCUUACAGCACCAAUUAAACCGUAUUCUUUUAUCAACUGUUUUACAUGAGGUAAACUAGUUCAUUCUAACCCACCUUUUCUCGACAUUAUUCAGAGAAAUGGACAACACUUACUGCACUACUACUACAACAUCAAGUUUUCUUCAACCCCUUAUUCUACAAAGCCAAGUAAUUGGUGGUUAUCAUCUUCUGGAUCAAAGACACCAUGAUGAAGAAAAGGCUGAAACAUCAAAACGAUUCACCAUGUUCGACACAAAUGUCAGGCACAAACCUCGUCAAAAUCCCCGAAAGAAAAGAACCAAAUUGUUAAGGAUUAAUGAUAAUAACUCCCUUAGAAUCAUUAGUUCUCCUAGUACAUCCGGUGUUAGUAGUAAAAGUUUAAUUAUUACUAAGCCUAAAUGUGCCACGCAACCACCAGACCCUAAUGCACCAAAAAUUACUAAGCCAUGUACUGAAUGUGGCAAAAAAUUUUGGUCAUGGAAAGCACUUUUUGGUCACAUGCGUUGUCACCCUGAACGCCAAUGGCGUGGGAUUAACCCUUCUCCCAAUUUAAAACGCCAAUUUCGUUCUUCAUUUUCCCAACAAUCCCCCAAUUCCUUUUCAGUAGCAGACGAGGAUCAUGAAAUUGCGCAGUGCUUAUUGCUGUUGGCGAAUGGAACUAAUGCUGAUCGUCUCGAGAACAUCGAAGAUCACUUGGUUAUGGACGAAGGAGUUGAAGGAAAGGGUGUAAAUGAAUCAGGGACGCUUUCUUCAGGAAUGAACUAUAACUGCUGUAAAUUUGAUUGUUCAAGUUGCAAGAAAGUAUUUGGUUCACACCAGGCAUUAGGUGGACAUAGGGCUACUCACAAGAAUAUCAGGGGUUGUUUUGGAAAUACAAGAACUAUUGGGGAAUGUAGCCAGCAAAUAAGAGUAUUAGAAGAUGACAGCAAAAUGGGAAUCAUGUGCUCCUUAGAGCGAAGGAGAGGCAGUGCCAAUGAAGAAACAACAAGCAAUGAUGACAAAAGGUUGAUGGUGUUGGGGCAUAAAUGUAGUAUAUGUUUGAGAGUUUUCUCAAGUGGUCAAGCUUUGGGAGGUCACAAAAGGUGUCACUGGGAAAAAGUCGAAGACGAAACAACAACAAUAAUAGCAGAGUCAGACUUAACACGAGCUGUCGUUGCCAAUGCUAACCAAAAUGUGCAGGGAAAUAAUAUUGAUAACAAUUUGGAUCUUAAUAUUCCUCCUGUUACAAUCUCAGGAGGAGAUCAAGAUAAUUCGUCAGCUGCCUAUUCAUUCAUUUCAGGAUUGGAAUUGGACUUGAGAUUGGGGCUUUAAUGUAGUAGGAAUUUAUAAUAACGAAUAAUGUAGGAAAGUUAUUGUAUUGUGCCUAUACUGAUAUUAGUGUUUCAUAUGUUGCCUAGGAAUAUAGGCUUAAGUUUCAAUGAUAUAUUGUGCUGUAUCAUAUAUAGGGGUUUGUCUAACUUUUUAGAAGGUUUAAUUCCUUUGAUAUGGCUCCAAAAAUUAGGAUAUCUCACAACAGUAUGUGUAUGUAUAUAUAUGUAGUAAUAAUAUUUAAUGUGAAAUA